AAGAUCGGAACCGGAGGUGGUCAUUGGAAAUAUUGCACCGCGUUAGGUGUACCCAACCAUGGAGUCAACGGAUAAGAACGAAGCUAUAAAGCUCUUUGUGGGGAACCUGGCUUUGGACACCUCUCAGGAGGACCUGACACAGCUCUUUGGGCCAUAUGGACAGGUGGUCACCUGCAGUGUACUCAGGCAGUUUGCCUUCAUCCAUCUCCAGGGAGAUGGUGCUGCUGAUCUAGCCAUAAGGGAACUGAAUGGACGGGAGUUCCGUGGCCGCAACCUGGUGGUUGAAGAGUCCCGCGGAAGGCCCAUGCAUUCCACCAAGGUGUUUGUGGGGAACCUCAGUGCCAUGUGUUCUGCUGAGGACCUGCAAGAGCUCUUUCAGACCUUUGGGAAAGUUCUGGAGUGUGAUAAGGUCAAAGCGAGGCUCUCCUCCUCUGCGGGCUAUGCCUUUGUACACAUGGAGCGGAAGGAGGAUGCAGUGCAGGCUAUUGAGGCUCUCCAUGGGACCACCUUCAAAGGCCGACCGCUCUCUGUGGAGCUCUCCAAUGUGCAGCCCAGUAAUCCCACCACGACUACAGCAAAGGCCCCCGUCAUGAGUCACUAUGCCACUGAAAACCCCUCCAUCAACCCUCAUAUGGAGCACCACCAGAGUCAGGCUGCUGUACUGGCUGCUGCCGUUGCUGCAGCAGCAGGUCUGCCUCUUCAGGUGCAGCAGAGCUUGCACAACUCUGUCUACAACACAACAAGCUUUGAUCCCACGUACGCUGCGCUAAAGGGCAUGACGGCAGCCAGCGCCACAGAUGGUACUCCAGUGAGCCCUGCGGUCUACGGUGCCCUCGCCAGCCAGGUGUACGGCUCUGUAGCGGAUCAGGUAUACGACUCUAUAGCCAACCAGGCAGCCAGCUAUCAGAAUUCAGCCACACCGGACACAGAAGGCUACAGUAACCAGUACGACCCCACAGCUGGAGAGGCACCGUCAGCCCAGGCUGCUGUCAACCCGGCCUACGGUGGCGCCUCGGCCCUCUACAACGCCAGCUCAGCCUAUGGCUCCAUGGGGGGUGCAGAACCCACUGCCCAGGCCAUCUUUGAGGCAGCACGGGCCCGCUUCUUCCAGCAGGGUCAGCAGGUUCUAGCUGAGCAGCAGAUGGGGACUAAGUCAGGGGACAGGGACCGCAGCCCAGUACGACGCUCCACCCCACUGCUGCCUGACCCUGUGCCCCAGCCCUUCCCCCAGCCACGCCCCAAACGCCGCGCCCUCCUCCCAACGCCACCCGGCCGACCAGAGGACCCGGCUGCUGAUAGAGACCCCAUUGCCAGAUGCUAUGCAGAGUACUAUCAGCAGGUCCAGCAGUACCAACAGUACCAGCAGUACCAACAACAGUACCAGCAGUACCAAUAUGGCUACCCUCCUCCAGCCCCGACCCAGAUGCCCCCCACAAUGCCCAACUACCAGAUGCCCAUGCAGGCCCCGCCCCCGACGGAGGCCCACAACCUGGAAGCGCCUGCUACCUACGCCCCAGCUAGAGCGUAUGAACCGCCUCCAUCACACAAGGAGCCCCUCCUCCGCCGCCCUGACUACUCCCACAUGCCAGAGCACCGAUAACCCUUUACAUUGCAGUGUGAAUGUGUGUGUGUGUGAAUGUGUGGGUUUUGAGUGAUGUAGUUGUGGUCCAAAUGUGCAUCACUGCAAGUUUGCCCAUUUAUAAUUCCCCUGUUUUGCAUCUUCUCUUUUCUAAACACAAUUCUGACUAGUUGAUUUUUCACUUUAUAGUAUGCCUGGUUUUGCUUUGAUAAGAACGCUGCCCCAUAAUGCAGUAAUCUGUAUUGUGAAGUCGUUAUGGUUUUAAGGAAGUGUAUGGUUGUGAUGCGUACUGGGGGCUCUGUAAUGACAGCUCUUCCUUACACAUCCCCGUCCCAUAAACUGUCAAAUAUGCGAGAAUAUUAAUCCAUACCAGAGGAGUGCCUUGUUAAAAGCCUAGUUGAAAUAUAUUGUGUAAAAUAAAUGUGUAUUUUUGAGCAAUGAAGGAAGCACCCAAA